CGCGUCUGGUCAUGAACUGGGCCAUCUCGAAUCUGACGGGCGGCAAUCGGGUGAGCCGUGCCAUACUCGUGCGCUACUCCUCGGUGCCGCUGGCCGAGGAUGGUGUCUCGACGCCUGCUGCUGCAGCCACGCCCCGCGCCUCUGCCAGUGCGCAUUCGUCGCUGUCCUCGACAUUUGCGGCCACGUUCCUGCACUCCUCGUCCUCGCGUCAUCUCAACAACAACAACAAUAACAACAACAAUGGAGGCACUUGCGCUGCAGGUGCCACGCCUCAGCUCUCGCUGCCCCUCGAUGUGGAGGAAACGGUCACUUGCUUUUGUCGGUAAGUGCUUCUGUGAGUGCAACUCAAAUG